ACGCAAGCUUUCUUCUUGCUUAUCAAGUAUAUUGACCAAAUCCUUCAAAAUAUAUAAGGACCUCAUUUCUCUUCUUCCUGCUCAGAUUCCAAAGCUUAAGAUACAAUGGGUAGAAUUGAUUCCUCUAAUGAAGUUGAAGAUCCUCAGCCAGUGGCCGGUGCCUCGUAUCCUGCAAAAUAUCAAGGAGCUGUACACACACCAACACCAACACUAACAGGAGCUCCGUGGAGCACUGGCUUAUUUGAUUGUCAUUUGGACCAAACUAAUGCUACUACGACAGCAUUUUUACCUUGUUUGACGUUCGGGCAGAUAGCUGAAGUUCAAGAUGCAGGAGAAACGACGUGUCCAUUGGGGACUUUCAUAUACCUCUUGAUGAUGCCUGCAGUUUGCUCUCAAUGGGUUAUGGGCUCCAACUAUAGAACAAAACUGAGGCGAAGGUACAAUCUGGUGGAAGCUCCCUAUUCAGAUGUUGUUUCUCACAUCUUUUGUCCAUGUUGUUCACUUUGUCAAGAGUUCAGAGAGCUUCAGAUUAGGGGCCUUGAUCCAGCUCUAGGUUGGAAUGGCAUACUUGCUCAGCAGCAGUAUGGGAAUCAGCAAAUAAAUCAAGCUCCCAAAGUACAAUCCAUGUCCAAGUAAAUUGAAGACUGAUUUGUUAUUGUUUAAUUUAAGUUUGUAAUUUUAUUUUUUCCUCAUUGUUUCCAAAUUCUAUUCAUGUUUGAAGUUUGCAUCCUUUAAUUCUAGCACUUUGCUAUUGUAAUAUUUUUCCCAUUUCAA